CAGAAUGCUUCAGGGUCGAUACCGGCUAGCCUGGGUGCUAACGGCUAGUUAGCCUCGUUAGCAUCGCUCCCAACAACAACAACAACAACAGGGAACGUCCCCGCACACUUUCACCGCAAUAAACCGCGAAAAGGAAAAGGUCCCGAUGGAAACGAAUGCGCCGAAGAGACGAGACAACAAGAAGUCGCUGCGGGUGAAGGUGAUCAGCCUCGGGAACGCCGAGGUGGGGAAGAGCUGCAUCAUCAAACGUUACUGCGAGAAGAGGUUCGUUCCCAAGUAUCUGGCCACGAUCGGCAUCGACUAUGGAGUCACCAAAGUCCAGGUUCGAGACCGAGAAAUCAAAGUGAACAUCUUCGACAUGGCCGGCCAUCCCUUCUUCUAUGAGGUGCGUAACGAGUUCUACAAGGACAGCCAGGGGGUGGUGCUGGUCUACGACGUGGGCCUCAGGGAGAGCUUCGACGCCCUGGACAGCUGGCUGGGAGAGAUGAAGCAGGAAAUGGGCUCUCAAGCUAACAUGGAUAGCAUCGUGUUCGUCGUAUGUGCUAACAAGGUGGACCUGACGAAGCGGCGCGUGGUGGACGAGGGCGAGGGUCGUCUGUGGGCGGAGUCCCGGGGUUUCCACUACUUUGAGACGUCCGCUCAGAGCGGCGAGGGCAUCAGCGAGAUGUUUCAGGCCUUCUUCUCCUCCAUCACCGACAUGUGCGAAAAUGGCGGAAAGCGUCCGGUGUCGGAGGUUAGCGUCGGCUUCACCAAAGAACAGGCCGACACCAUCCGACGCAUCCGCAGCAGCAAGGACUCAUGGGAUAUGUUGGGCGUGAAGCCCGGCGCCACACGGGAGGAAGUGAACAAGGCGUACAGGAAGUUGGCCGUCCUGCUGCACCCGGACAAGUGUGUGGCUCCCGGCAGCGAGGACGCCUUCAAGGCGGUGGUCAACGCUCGGACGUCGCUGCUGAAGAACAUUAAAUAACACAACGGAACGGAAAUUUAUAUUUAUUUAACGUAUUUAACCUAUCGUGUGCCAUGUUGCUCGCCUCAGUGCUAACGAAGCUAACGAAGCUAACGACUGGCUCCAACCAGUCCCAACUUAUUUAUUUGUCUCAGUUGAGUCCAAAUUAAAAACGUGUUUACAGAUUUUAAGGCGCGACGUUGGCGUUUAAACGUAAUAAUAAUAUAAAGGUCUGAAGUUCUACUGCAUGUUGAAUAUGAAACAUAAAAAACUCUCCAUGUGACCAAACCUGCCAGGAAGAGGAACCCACUUUAAUCGCUGCUUAGUUCCCUCCAACUGUGGAAGACAAUUUAAGAUCCAUACGAGUUAGUUCCCUAAAACUUCUGUUUCUUAGUUCAGCAGUUAACUCUCUUUCAUUUGUUCCCUGACAUUUUAAUUUGGCUGCACUUGCUCUACGUUAUUCACACGACUGUGAGUAGUUCCCUUAAACUUCUGUUCCACAUCGUUAGUGCUGUAUUUAAUUAGUUCCCUUCAUUUGAAACGUCUCUGACGCUAAAACAUCCUGAAGCUGUUCAUUAGUUCCCUGACAUUUUCAUGUGGUUUUCUUUUGAUUCCACGUUGCUUGUUCCCUCAAACCUCUGUCUUUAUUGUGGAACUUAUUUGGUUCUUAUUUGGUUCCCUUCAUCUGAGACGUCUCUGAAGUCUCUUGUUCCUUUACAUUUUACAUUUAUUCAUCCCACUUUUUAUCUGUUCCCUCAACUUUCUUUUUCACUUUUGUUGCCUUGUAUUUAUUUCAAUAGUUCCCUUAAAACUUCUGUUUCUUCUUGUCGUUCCUUUAAUUAGUUCCCUCUGUUUUAACGACAUGUUCCCUUAUGUUUUAAUGUGACUGUAUUUACUCUGUUCCUAGUUCCCUCACAUUUCUGUUCCACACCGUUCGUGCUGUAUUUAUCAUUUCUUCAUUUGAAACGACUCUGAAGUCAUUUGUGUCCUAAAGCAUUUGUUCCCUAUGUUUUCAUUUGGGUUCUUAUUUCUACGUCACCUGUUCCUUUAACGUUCUGUUUCUCAUGUCACAUCUCGUUCUCCGACAUCUUUCUUCAAACUGUUCCCUGAAUUAUUCGAAACGACCCAGAUGCGGAUUUGAGUCGUGUGAUGUCACCGUCUCGUUUUAAUUAGUUCCCUCGUUAACUGAUUAGCACCUGAGCUUUCGCAGAACGUUUACAUGAUGAUGAAGGUUCCUGGUUCUCAUGAGGAUGUGAUCAUAUUUUCUAUUUUUACAUACGUGUGUCUGAAGAAAUAAAAAGUUUCCACUCGA